AUAAUCCUUUGUAUCUUAUAAGCUAUUCUCUAAAACCAAUAUCUAUUUGCAGACAGUAAAGUCAUGGGGAAGUUCCUCUCUUUUCUCCUCAAAUCUGGCACCAUGAACCUGAUAAGUUUCUUUGUUUUCUCAACUUUGCUUUUUGGGACUCUGUCUCGGGAAAUCCAUCCAAGUAAAAAAAUCAGUGCCCAUAUCACUGUAAUGGGUUUUGUUUAUUGUGACAUCUGCUCCAAUAACACCUUCACAGAACACAGCUACUUCAUACCAGAUGCAGAAGUCAAAAUUGAUUGCAAAUUCCAAGCGAGUUCACCCAAAACCAAAGAAGUAAUAACAAUCUCAGUGAAUAGAACUACAAACAGGAAUGGACUUUACAGGUUAGAUAUACCAUCUGUUGAUGGAAUUGCUUGCGCAGAAGCGGCUAUUACAUCUACAUGCGAGGCAAGUUUACUGUGGAGUUCAUCGGGUUCAUGUGAUGUUCCGGGUUACAGAACGACAACCGAUCAGAUAGCAAUCAAAUCCAAGCAAGCCAAUCUCUGCAUCUACAGUCUAAAUCCACUCAAUUUCAGACCAUCAAAGAUUGAUUACAGUCUGUGUGGGAACUAGAAAAAAGACUUCUCAGGUUUUCUAUUGUCACUAAAAUUCCCUAAAUUACUUCUUUUGCUUCAUUGACUUCACUUAAAAUUCAGAACACAUGAUCAUCUGUUAUCCAUAACAGCUCAUCUGUUCCUUUCUGCACAUAAUACAAGAAAUGCAGUGCUUUACUUAGUGA